AUGCUGGUAGACAAAGGAAAGGUUGAAGAAAAGGUGGCAGAAUUUGUUCUGGCCUCUCCAGCUACCGAAGAGAAAGACAUUGCUUCCUCAGGUGUUGAAGAUUAUGUGGUCAAGUUCUUCCAGAUGUCAGAAGAUGCCCACAAUGAUGACCAAAGGGAAAAACAUAUGUCGUUAAUGGAAGGUAUCAAAACGUUUCCCAAAGCUAUUGCAUGGUCGAUGGUGUUGUCUACGGCUUUGAUUAUGGAAGGUUACGAUAGCAGUUUGUUGUCAGGGUUGUAUGCCCAUCCAGGGUUCAGAAAAAAGUUUGGCGAUUACUACCCUGAAAUUAACCAAUACCAAAUCCCAACAAAGUGGCAAACUGGGUUAUCCAUGAGUUACCAAAGUAGUCAGUUCAUUGGUUUAUGGUUGGCAGCUAUUUUGUCUGACAGAUUUGGCUAUAGAAAAACUUUAAUGCCAAUAUUGGCCGUGUCGGUUAGCUUGAUUUUUAUUCAGUUCUUUGCCCCUAAUCGUAGCAUAUUGCUUCUUGGUUAUAUCCUAUUGGGUAUUGACUGGGGCUCAUAUCAAACAAUCACGGUCAUAUAUGCUGCUGAAAUUGCGCCUGCCUGUUUGCGAUUGUAUUUAACAACAUACAUCAAUAUCUGUUGGAUCAUUGGCCAGUUGAUAGCUGGCUGUGUUCUCAAAGGCAUUUCUGGGAUGAACUCACCUAAUGUCUACCUUAUUGCUUUCGGGAUACAAUGGAUUUGGCCAAUUCCUAUUAUAAUUGGGAUUUACUUGGCGCCAGAGUCUCCCUAUUUCCUUGUCAGAAAGGGAAGAUUACAGGAAGCAAAACGUUCUUUGUCGAGGAUUUUGACAGCUAAUUCAUAUCUAACAAACAACGAGUUAGUUGCUGAAAGUCUUUUGAAUAGAAUUCAAUUAGUCGUUAGAGAGGAGGAUGCGACGUUUGAAGGAACGUCGUUUAAGGAAUGUUUUACAGGAACUAAUUUGAGACGAACGAGAAUUGCUGCAACCACCUGGGUGUUUCAAAAGAUCACAGGUGCUGGGUUGAUGAAUUAUUCGACCUACUUUUAUGAGCAGGUUGGUUUAGCAACAUCUAAUGCUUUUACUUUGACAAUUGUUCAAUACUGUUUGGGACUUAUUGGCACAAUAGGUUCAUGGUUUGUAUCACAAAAGCUUGGUAGAUUUUCAAUCCUUUUUGGUGGGUUAUGCACUAUGACUGUGUUACUUUUCAUCGUUGGCGGAUUAGGGUUUUUGCCAGAUAAAGCUGCAGAUUGGGGUAUUGGGACCUUGUUGUUGGUUUUCGUAUUUGUCUAUGAUUUGAGCGUUGGCCCUAUGAUCUACUGUAUUGGUGCCGAGAUUCCGUCAGUCAAGUUGAGACAAAAGACAAUUAUGUUGGCAAGAUUUCUAUACAACGUGGCAGGUAUUAUUGUGAGUAUUCUUUCAAGCUAUAUGUUAAACCCGACUGCUUGGAACUGGAAGGCAAAGGCAGGAUUUUUAUGGGGUGGUUUGGCAGCCUUUGCAGCCAUAAUUACCUGGAUUCAGUUGCCCGAGACAAAAGGAAGAACUUUUGCAGAAUUAGACAAGUUAUUUGAACAAGGUGUUGGUGCCAGAAAGUUCAAAUAUACAAUUCCAUCUACUUUUGAUGCCUCUGAGAUGCGAAAAAAAAUGGGCGAAGCGGGUAUUAAAAAUAUUAUAAAAGAAAGAAAGAAUAUUGAUGAUAAAUCAGGAAGCAAAGGGAAAGUGGAGACAACUGCUUGA